AUGCUGAUCCAGCGAGAUCACAUUGGCCAGUCAACGCGGCCGUCAAAAGAACAGCUGACUGGUUUGGCCCACAGACUUGCACCCUCUCGAAGCUUCGUCAGCUGUGGCAAACAUGUCGUUCUGGGAAGUUCCAGGGAUGAAGGCAUGGCCAAUGCUGGCGUGAUCACAGGUGACCUUGCGUGGGCUCUCCUUCAGCAUGCGAAGGAAAACAAGUACGCCAUCCCAGCAUUCAACUGCACCAGCUCCAGCACCAUCAACUCAGUGCUUGAAGCCGGCAAGGAGCUGAACCGCCCAGUGAUGAUCCAGUUCUCAGAGGGUGGCUCUGCUUUUGUGGCUGGCAAGGCCCUUCCGAAUGAGAAGGGCAAACUGCAGGCCUCGAUCCUGGGAGCUGUUGCAGGCGCUCACUUCGCACGCGCCGUGGCGCCCGCGUAUGGCAUCCCCGUCUUGGUUCACUCCGACCACUGCGCCAAAAAACUGCUGCCAUGGUUCGAUGGCAUGUUGGAGGCUGACGAGGCAUACUUCAAGGAGCAUGGAGAGCCGCUAUUCUCUUCCCACAUGUUGGAUUUGUCUGAGGAACCAGAUGAGGAGAACAUUGAGAUUUGCGCCAAGUACUUGAAGCGCAUGGCACCAAUGAAACAGAUUUUGGAAAUGGAGAUUGGCAUCACCGGUGGCGUGGAAGAUGGUGUUGACAACAGCGGAGCUGCCAAGGAAAAACUGUACUCCACUCCGGAAGACGUGUUCAAUGUCUACAAGGGCCUCAACCCAAUUUCUCAUAUGUUCACCAUCGCUGCAGCCUUCGGCAACGUCCACGGUGUCUACAAGGCUGGAAACGUGGUGCUGAAGCCCGAGAUUCUGCAGGAGAUGCAAGACUACGCCCGCGAGCAGAUCAAGGCAUCCACCGGCAAGGACAUCGAGAGGCCUCUGAACUUUGUGUUCCACGGUGGCUCUGGAUCCGAGAAGCACCACAUUACAACGGCCCUGAAUGCCGGAGUGGUGAAGAUGAACGUGGACACCGACACGCAGUGGGCCUACUGGGAAGGCCUGUUGAAGUUCUACAAGAACAAGGAGGGCUACCUGCAGGGCCAGAUUGGCAACCCAGAAGGAGAGGACAAGCCAAACAAGAGCUUCUACGACCCGCGCAAAUGGGUCCGCGAGUGCGAAGUAUCCAUGGUGAAGCGU